GGCGGGGCCUCAGGGAGAAAAAAGAAGAAGAAAAGAACAGAGGAUAACAGACGGGGGAAUAUCUCCCAGACCCAGUUGCUAGAAUCCCACCGCGACGAACUCUCGAAUCGAAGGCUAACCGGGGCUCCGAACUCCGGCCCGGAGUCACCACACAGUCGGCCGAUGGCUCUGGCCAGAUUGGCUGCCUCCUUCCUCCUCCUCUUCACGGCGGUGGAGUUAGCGGCAGCGACGCGGUCGCCGUCGGCCUUCGUCCAGAACGCCAUCUACUCCAACCGCAUCACCAUCUUCUCCAAAACAUACUGCCCGUACUCCAUGCGAGCUAAGCGCAUAUUUCGAGACCUCAAGGAAGAUCCAUAUAUUGUUGAACUAGAUCUCCGAGGGGAUGGGCGUGAAAUUCAAAGUGUUCUUCUGGACCUAGUUGGGCGUCAUACUGUGCCACAGGUGUUUGUGAAUGGCCAGCAUGUUGGUGGCUCAGAUGAUACGGCAAAUGCUCUUUCAAAUGGACAGCUUCAGAAACUUCUUGGUAAGAGUCAGCCACAGUGAUGAUCUCCGGACAAGCUUGCAUUGUCAAGAACACGUAAGUGACUAAUGUAUAUGUGUUUCCUAUGGGAGGGUCUUUCUUCUCUGCUUAGGACUGAGCAGAAUGUUGUAGCUCAUGCCAGAUAUUUUUCUCAUGGUAUUGUUGUGACAACAGCCACUAUGUACUGGAUUUGUGUGAUCUGCUCACUUGCAUAUACCAGUUUAGCACUGUUUUGGUGUGUUUGUUA